AUGGCCUUCUUGGCAGUGGUCAGAGUUCCCUGGUAUGGGUGGAGGACCAUAGGACUUGUGACCAAAAGUUGUUGUUGUUCGGCUCCUAAAAUCAUGUCCAACUGUUUGCAGUCUCAUGAGCUGCAGCACACCAGGCUUCCCUGGCUAUCUUCCCUAACCAUCUUCUUGAGCUUGCUCAAACUCAUGUCCAUUGAGUCGUUGAUGCCACCCAACCAUCUCAUCUUCUGUCAUCCCCAUCUCCUCCUGCCCUCAAUCUUUCUCAGCAUCAGGGUCUUGUCCAUUGAGUCAGCUUUUUGCAUCAGGUGA